AUGGCAUUGAAGGAAACGUUUUACAUAUCACAUGGAUCACCAACACUAGCCAUAGAUGAAACAAUCCCUGCAUGGAAAUUCUUGACAUCAUGGAAACAGGUGUUUCCUCAUAGACCCUCUUCCAUUCUUGUUAUCUCCGGUCAUUGGGACACAUCUGUUCCCACCGUCAACGUUGUUAAUCGCAACGAAACCAUCCAUGACUUUGGAGGAUUCCCCAGGAGCAUGUACAAGCUCAAGUAUCCGGCACCAGGUGCACCAAAGUUAGCGAAGAGGGUGAAGGAACUAAUCGAAUCAUCCGGGUUGAGUCGGGUGAACGAAGAUAAAAAACGCGGGCUUGAUCAUGGUACAUGGGUGCCUCUGAUGUUGAUGUAUCCAGAAGCUGAUAUCCCUGUGUGUCAACUUUCUGUUUCAUCAAGUAGAGAUGGUACAUACCAUUAUAACUUGGGAAAGGCAUUGGCUCCUCUAAAAGAUGAAGGUGUUUUAAUAAUUGGAUCUGGAAGUGCCACUCAUAACAUGAGAGCAAUAGCUCCUCGCGAAAGCCCUCCUCCUCCCUGGGCUCUCGCAUUCGAUUCUUGGCUAAAAGAAUCUCUCGUCGAAGGAAGAUAUGAUGAAAUAAAUCAUUAUGAAGAGAAGGCUCCAUAUGCAAAGGUGGCUCAUCCAUGGCCAGAUCACUUCUUCCCAUUGCAUGUGGCUAUGGGGGCUGCUGGUGAGAAUUCAAAGGCCAAGGUUAUUCAUGAGAGUUGGGAUGGUGGUGCUUUUUCUUAUGCCUCUUUUGGUUUCACAUCAGCUAAUUGA